UUCCUUCGGCUCGAGUGGCUCAACGGACCCUGCAAGUGGCUCUCGGUCGGGCCGCAGGAUGAAGGAGGGGAAGAGCGAGCGGGAGCGAAGCGGCCGACGGCGACACCGGGCAGACGACGCGCUGGCGACCGUGGUGGUGAAGCAGGAGCGUCUGAGCCCCGAACCGGUCGCGCACCGCCGACCCGACGCCCCAGCCGCUAACCCGUCCCCGCCCGCCGCUGAGCCAGGCCGCGGCGGCCACCGCGGGAGUCGAGGCCGGGGAGCGAGCCGGUCCCCAGCCAAAAAGAAAAACAAGUCCUCAGGGAGAAGAAGCAAGUCUCCACGGACUAAGAGAAGCCGGAGUCCCCACUACACCUCGGUUAAAGUGAAGCAGGAACGUGAGGACCAUCCACGGAGAGGACGAGAGGAUCGGCAGCACCGGGAGCCAUCAGAACAGGAACAAAGGAGAACUCAUAACAGUGAGCGAGACCGGCACCGGGGCCAUUCCCACCAAAGGAGGAGCUCUGGUGAGAGGCCUGUCAGUGGGCAGGGUCGGGACCGAGACAGCCAGAUUCUGCAGGCCCAGGAAGAAGAGAGGGACUUUCAUAAUGCCAGGCGCCGGGAGCAUCGCCAGCAGAAUGAAGGUGCUGGCAGUGAGGCUCAGGAGGUGAUCCCUCGCCCUGCUGGUAACAGGAGCAAAGAGGUGCCUGUCAAAGAAAAACCAAGCUUUGAACUUUCUGGGGCACUUCUUGAGGACACCAAUACCUUCCGGGGUGUGGUUAUUAAGUACAGUGAGCCCCCAGAAGCCCGGAUCCCCAAAAAACGGUGGCGUCUCUACCCCUUUAAAAAUGAUGAGGUACUUCCAGUCAUGUACAUCCAUCGGCAGAGUGCUUACCUUCUGGGGCGACAUCGCCGCAUCGCCGACAUUCCCAUCGACCAUCCCUCUUGCUCCAAGCAGCAUGCAGUCUUCCAGUACCGGCUUGUGGAGUACACGCGUGCUGAUGGCACAGUUGGUCGGAGGGUGAAACCCUACAUCAUUGACCUCGGCUCAGGCAAUGGAACCUUCUUGAACAACAAACGUAUUGAGCCACAGAGAUACUAUGAACUGAAAGAAAAAGAUGUCCUUAAAUUUGGGUUCAGUAGCAGAGAAUAUGUCUUGCUCCAUGAGUCUUCAGACACCUCUGAACUAGACAGAAAGGAAGAUGAGGAUGACGAGGAGGAGGAAAUGGUGUCUGACAGCUAGCAACUGAGAAGCACCCCCACUAUUAGAAACUGUUCCUGCUGGAGGCCAUGGGCUUGACUCUCCAGUGACUCUUCUUGCCUUAAGUCUUUCCUCUGUUGCUGCCCAGCUUGUGUUGCAGUAUGAGAACUCUCACCUCGUGUUUUGUUGAACUUGGCACAGCAGCUGCCUGCCUGUGGGCGCUUGUUUUCAGAACAGUCUCACCAAUUACAGCAUGUCGAGUUUUGGUCAAAGUGUGUGGCUGUAGUGGGUGCCUUCAGAACCGCUGCACAGGAAACCAAGCCCUUGGAAAGGGGAUCGUGGCUUGUUUGUUCUCUUUGUACAGUUUCUUAUUUAUAUGUCAUUGAGCUUUGUGGACCAGGGGUUUUGUUUUGGGGACAAAUCCUAGAGCAGAGAAUCUUAGUAAGCUUUGGUUGUCACCAAAACAACCUCCAGCAUAUACCAAAGCUUUGACCUGGAUCAGCUCUUGAGUCAUAGAGGUUGAUUUUGCGCUUCGUUUUUUGGAAGUGACAGUUUACCACAUGACCUCAUUAUUGACUGUCUAAACUAAACAGACACCUUGCGACGCCUGUAUAGACAUGACUGUGUAGGAGGUCACGGCUUCUACCAUCGGGUGCCAGUGUCUAUCCUGCACUGGGUUGUGCAGCUUCAUCCUGAGAGGGUUCCAAUUUCCCCAGGAAACAGACAUAACCAUUUUUUGAGGCAGGGUUUCUCUGUAACAGCCCUAGCUGUCCUGGAACUAGGAACUCCCAGAGAUCCACCUGCCUCUGCCAGCAUUAAAGCUGAGGUGGGCGCCACCACUGCUCGGCAGCAUAACCGUUUAGAUCAUCUGUUCUUUUUCUUCAGCUUUGCAUUUUUAUUCAAAUGUUAUCUCUUUCCUCUCUUUGAGAAACACCCCAACGUUGACUUUGUAGCAGGGCCUUGCUGUGGCCUUGGGUCUUGUGUGUGUGUGUGUGUGUCUAAAGGAGCUUGUGUAGCUUCCACAUCUCGGUUCCAUCUUUGACAUGGGUUUGUAUUUACUUCCCGAGGGUGGAAAGCAAGGGCAGCCCAGCUUCUGAAAUUCCCACCUGCAGCUGCAGUUUGUGUAAGUAGAAAGGAGUUCAUGACUUAUAGUAUGUGUGCCUGUAAAUGGUGUGUUUCGGAGCUGUGUGCUGAUUUUCAUAUGACAGUGUUUGUGAUAGAGAUAAUACCACAUGAUAGGCAAAGGCCUGUCACAUUUGGAGAACAGCUUUUCAUUUAUAUGUAUUUUUGAGAUAAAAAAAUAAAAUUUGUAAAUA